AAGCAAACCCCGCAUUAACAUCAAGUCUUAAGUCUUUUCUUCUCCUGUUGUACUCAGAUUCCUCAGUAUUUCCUUGCUAUAUAUCUCAUAAAUAUCAAAUACAAGUUCUACUCUAUCAACAUGUCUUCCGCUGCGUGUAUCUUCUGCAAGAUCAUCAAGGGUGAUAUCCCUUCUUUCAAGCUCUUCGAGAGCGACAAGGUCUUUGCCUUCCUUGAUAUCCAGCCUCUGAGCCGUGGCCACGCGCUCGUGAUCCCCAAGUACCACGGCGAAAAGCUCACCGAUAUCCCCGACGAAUACCUCAAUGAAGUCUUGCCCGUCGCAAAGAAGCUCGCCCAAGCCGUCGACGCCAAGGACUACAACGUCCUCCAGAACAACGGCACGAUCGCGCACCAGGUCGUCCCUCAUGUUCAUUUCCACAUGAUCCCCAAGCCUAACGAGACGGAGGGUCUUGGUGUAGGCUGGCCCGCCCAGGCUACGGAUAUGGAUACGCUUAAGGCUUUGCAUGCGGAGCUCAAGGCGAAGAUUUCGAAGAUCUAAAUGCCAUAGGAUUGUAUGUCGUGCCUGGGGAUCGAUCCCGUGUGAAAAUGCUGGGUGUUGGUGUUGCGACCAUGAUUGCAUUUGUAUCACGUAUCUUAAAGGUGACAUGGCAUGCAAAAUCUAUCCUUGGAUGUUGAGAUGCUAUGCUAAGCUAUUCAAUUAUGUAAUAUAUAGCUGGCUGGUGUUAGGGUCUGUAUAGAGUGCUGUAACCGGCAGCAACAGGAGUAGGUACUGGCCACUUAAGCGUCGCUAUGAUCGCUUAGGUACUUAGCAGUUUUACUUGUGGUCAGGGCGGGCGUUCCCUCAAAUCCCCUAAAAACAGACCCAAUUUAUCUGAUAAAUGGACGGCUCCACUGGUUUGCUCGUUUGGCAGGAUCAUUCCUUCUGAGAAUGGUUAUUAUGAACAUAUCUCAAUUUUGGGACAAGGACCAUUGUUUCAUUGGGUGGCUUUUCAGUUUUAAUUACAGCAUAUAAAGUUGGACUGUAUAUGUCGAUUCUACAUGCAUCAAUCUAC